UUAACAAACCCAGCCAGCCUGACGGCGACUCCACCGGUGGCUUCUGUUCCGCCGGCGAACCAGGGGUUGGAAGGCGGCCCGCCAGCUCCACCAGCUCCUCCGGGAACUGACAUGACCGGAAUAUGCUUCAGGGACCAGCUGUGGCUCAGCACCUACCCUCUCGACCGCAACUACCCUCUCGACCGCAACCUCGUCUUCGAUUACUCCGCCCUCUCACCCUUCUACGACUGGACCUGCCACAACGAGCAGCUUCGCAUGCGCUCCAUUCACCCACUUGAUCUCUCCCACCUCUCGAAAAUGGCAGGUAUAGAAUACAUGCUAUAUGAAGUUAUGGAGCCCCAUCUAUUUGUUAUCCGCAAGCAAAAGAGGGAUGGUCCUGAAAAGGUUAAACUGAUGCUCACUUAUUAUGUUUUGGAUGGAUCGAUUUACCAAGCACCCCAGCUUUGCAAUGUUUUUGCUGCUGAGUAAAUCAACUAAGGCCCAAGUGUUAUUAAGUUCAAGAGCUUCUAUUUCAGCUCUCAUGGUUGUGCACCAUUCAG